AUGACUCUGGUCGCAAGGCAAUAUUACAAUACGUGCUACAAUUCUUUCGGUCAAGCCUAUCGAUGUCGCUCCGGCUGGUAUAGUUGGGGGAGAUGGGUCGCACUCGGCGUCAUCCUGUUCGCUGCUCUAUUCUUCUUCUUCCUAUUAUCAUGCUUCAGCGCUCGCCGCAGACGCCGUCAGGGAAGACAGCCCUACUACGGAACCGGCUGGGCUGGCCAAACACCUUGGGGCCACGGUCCGGCGCAAUACAAUCCAAACUAUCAAACACAGCAACAGCCACAAUAUAACCAAGGACCUCAAGCACCUCCGAACUACAAUCAAACUGCAGGUGGAUAUUACGGUGAAAACCAAGGUUAUUUCGGUGGGAGACAAACGGACGUUGAAAUGCAACCACCUUCGAAUACAUACCGCGGAGGAGACAACGUCUACCAGCCUCCUCCGGGACCUCCACCAAAUAAUAAGACCUAG